GUCUAAUAAUUUGAUGCUACAACCGACGUUCUGCUUGCUUGUAUUAUUUUUGGAUCCUCCGCUUCAAAUUAACCUGUGAUUAUUACCUAUCUUAUGAUGUCUUCCGCAUACCCUAUAGACCCUGAAGGUCCAAAACCUAUGUCUGUUGCAGCAUCCACCAUUGCUUCAAAUAUUACUAGUAGCCAGGGUCUUACUGGUGACCAGCCCUCUCAAAAAUCUCCCCUACGACCUAAUGCUCCGACUUCACUUCCAUCUUCCAUAUUGAGCCUUCCUUCAGGAAUGGGCAGAAAAAUCUCCAGUGGCGAUCGGUCUUUUACUCCCAGUUCGCGACAGCUGUGUGUUGUAAAUAGCCCUGGGCUUCGGACACCUCCGCAAGGCCAUUCGCUACAAUACUCACAAAAAUCGCCUUUCAGUACGGCUCCAAUAUCUCGACAUGCAUCGCAAAGUGAUUAUUUUGAAGGGCGUCAUCCCUCUACACCAAGCCGAUCGCGCGGCGGUCAUGGCGAAGUCAAUCUAGUAUCUUCAGGGGCAUCACCUUUAUUGCCGACAGAAGGAAGUCCAAUGUUGGCCACAUCUUCAAAGAAUUCCAACAUUGGUUCACUUGAGUAUUCAUGUACCACGGAUAGUAUGUCGUCAAUUCGAGAUCGAAUUAUUGCUCCAUACAAGGCACGCAAACUAAGCUCUGAAAGUCUCACUAUGGUCAAAAAGCAGGCCAGAAGAAAUACUGAGGGUGUAAGAAAGAAACGUAAGCGUCGAUGCAGAGGGACCUGCAACCAGGGAAUGAAAAUGGAGGCCAAGAGAUUAGCUGCAGCUGAGCGAGACUACAACUCGCACUGGCUUCCUCCAACUCAGGUGGCGCCAACAGCCCUGGAAGACACGAAAUUACCAAACACUCGUAAAGAUCAUUGCCUACCAAGGAGACUGGGUAAAAGAAGGCUUAUGUCUGAGCCAGCCGCCCCAAUUGUAUCAAGAAGAUGGAGCUCGGUUGAAAUUGGCACACACCAACUAAAGCUUCGUCCACUGCUGAAGCCCAACUCCGGCCAACAUGUGCAAGAAAGUCAACCAACGACUCGAAAUGCUUUCUUUGGUUCUAGUCCUCUUGUUGAACGAAACAGGAGUUCAUCGUUCACUGCUGGCGCUAGAUAUAACGACACGGUGCGCUCUCUUCGCGAAAGAUUGACUGUUCGCAAGGUCUCAAACAACCAAAUGUUGAAGCCCUCUGCUAUAACGUUGAGAAGACCCAGCGCGUCCAACAAAUCUGACAUGAGUAGCACCAUGGGAACUUCGCCGUUUUUGACUACACCAGGGGCCAUGUCUGCCAUACCUUCUCUUUCGAGUCGCUAUCCAACCUACUCGGAGAACCUACCACAAGGUACAGAGGCAUAUAUCAUUACUCGAGAAGAUGUUGAAGCUGUGAUGGAAUUGCUUCAAGUAGGUCUGCUCCAUACGCAGGAAGAUCACCUACCUGUCUCGGCCGUAAGCGGCUCGAGCCGAGAUCAAUCACCGCGUGGGAGCAGAUUAUCGUCAUUGUCUUUCACAAAUAAAGGCGUGGUACCUGUAGCGCGUCCCUCCUCUUGUGAAAUUCACAUACAUGCAGCACAAUCGGAUAACUCAAAAGAGGCCUCGCAACUUGGCAACUCUACCACAAGGACAUUUUCUCCUAAUUUGUCCCGCUCUCCGACAUGCAUUAUGAACCCAGAAAUUUCGGGAAAUCCGGAAAACUUCUUGGGAAUUUCUCAAACAAAUUUUGGCGGGCUUGACCGACUGUCUGAAGGGAAUCCCGAAAGUGUGCACGAAGUAAUCUGGGAGGAGCAUAGUCAACAAGAAUCUCAUUUAAGUGAGAGAGACCAUGUUCACCUGGAAGGUGAGUCAGAGUGCUCCAGUCAGGCCAGCACAAAUCGAGAUGACAUUGCAAGUCCUGGACAUGACGAUGCAAGGAAUUCCUUUUAUCACCUAGAAAAUCCCGAUCAAGAUCAUCGACGUAGCAAGAAUAAAGGCACCUUCGAUCCCACCGAUGCACGCAUGUCAAUCAGCAAAUGGUCAUGGCAAUGUGAGCCAGCCGUAAAUGAGGACGGUGUCAAUUUCAUUACAAUCGUGGAACAAGAAUCACCUAAAGAUCAUGUAAUUUCCUUUCCUCCCCUUCCGAGGAAAUCGACCAAUGAGUGGCGUUCCCCACUCCCAGAUAUAUCUACUGCCAUUCGUGAAUCCCGGCUUUUGGGAGACAUGCUUUCUAAAGGAAGUCAUGUCCGCCCAUCUCACUCUCUCUAUAGCAUUGGAAUUGAUGCCCGAACUGCAAUAAGUUCACCUAUGUUAAGCGACAUGGCAACAACUCCUAUAACACGGAGCCCGUGGCUCAACGAAACUACCAUCAGCCCCCCAGAAAGGGUAUGCUCGUGGCUGGACAAUUUUGAAUCCGAUGCCCUAAAACGUCAAAAGUCUGAAUCUGGUAUACAACGGAAGAAAAGUAUCAUUAAAGCACAUCCUAAAGCACCUGCUCGCUCUGGAAAUGCUGCGGCGAUUGGCUCUUCGCUUGGGUCAUGUACAGGAGUUCGAAGAUGUGCGAGCUCACAAACGUUGUCCAAGUCGAGAAAAGCCACCAUAUUUAAUAGUCUGUCGGUUGAAUCUAAUCAAUGCAAAGGGAAAAAGUCAUGGUUCAAGCACCUACAAGAUGUAGCGUUUCCUAAAUUGAACACAGAAAGCGGAGCGGAGCCAGCAAGCUUCUGGUCGACGCUUGCCACUCGCAACAGUAGCAAAGAUCCCGUCACAUGUUCAAUCCCAUCGUCCCCAACAAGCCCCCACGAUAAUUUGAGGGGCGGCAAGAAGACCUGCCAUAACAUCCAACCUGUAAUAUCUCCUGGCAUAUCAGAAACUAUAUCAGCAACAAGGUCAUCGGCUCGGCAAAGUCUAUCUUUGAUACAGGAUAAGUAUACUAGCAUCCCACAACUAGAUUUGAAUCUGUAUAUCCCUAAGAGAACUCCGUCUUCACCACGGGUCUCUGCUGCUCGCGAAAGCCUGUUGAAAAUCCAAGCGAGAUUCCCUUCGAUACCGAAACCAGACCACAGUGGUAUAUACGAUUCAGUGACGGGCAUCCGAAGAAAAAACACGGUGGAGUGCUUGAAGUAUUGUAGGCACUUGUUGCAUAACUGUGAUCACAAUGCCCGUGGUAGUAAUAUGAGCUCACCUAGUGUGGAUUGGAUCGGGUAAUAGGUAUGACUGGUGGCAAAAAGCGAAUGAGAAAUUCGAAAUUGUAUACCAGUGAUAUUCCCAAGCACUUGGGAAUAGUGGCAACAGCUUGGAAACUGCGUUUCUUGUUGUGAAGUUUUAGUGAUAUAGUAAUAAAUCCCACGAAAAUGCUCACCUUUCUUGUUAUUAUUACUCUUCAGUCCUGAUAGUAUAAUUAGAUUCAUUUCUCAAACGUUUCUUUACUGUUUCGCAAGAGGCACUUAAGUUAUGACAAAAACAUGAGUUGAAUCCAACUCGAAUAGAUCCACA